CUCGAGAUAAGAUAAAUUUUCGAUAUUAUUACCUUUUAAUUACACUUUAACUAAAUACCUUUAUAGAUUGUGAGUAAAGAUCACUAAAAUAUGUCGGGGUAUUUCCAGAGGCCUUCUUUGGGCCCUGAUACCUUCCAACCCUACAAUGCACCGCCAAAACCAUCAGGAGGCGGAUUGAAGGCAGCUUUUGAUAAUCAAAGACUGUCCAGCAUGUCUCACGAAGAUUUAUCAAAUAUUCCAUCAACUUCUUCCAUUCAAACUCCGGAAAUUAAUCGAUACAGUGAAACAGAGUUCUAUGGAUCUGUUAAUCAGAGUAACGAUGGUUAUAUAGGAGGAUACCAUUCGAUCCAUCGGCUUGAUAACUUAAAUCACCAGCAUGGAGGUAAUUUACAAAGGGCUUUUGAAGCUAGAAUUGGCGGAACAGGAGCUAGGACUUUGGGGAGGCCAGGAAAUAAUGAUAUAUCUCUGGAUAAGCAUGCAAAUCUUAUUGUUUCAAAAAUGGAACGUGAUGAGUCUUUGAUGGAAGAUUCACCAAGUGCAGAGGAAUUAAGAAGGACAGCUUUAAGAGACAUGCCGCAGUGUUUAACAGUGAAACGAAAGGUAAAAGUUAAAUUAUCCAAGUCUGUUAGUAAGAAAUCAAAGAAAAAAACGCUGAGUUGCUACAAAAUGUUCAAAUACAGAACCAGUAUGGCUAUUACUAAGCUUAAACUUGACAUAAGGGACUUGGCCUAUUCUUUUGAACUUUGGUACAGUCCUCUAAAAAAAAUUGAGGGAAAUUUUGGAACAGGAGUGGCUUCAUAUUUUAAACUGUUACGCUGGUUAUUUUUGUUGAACGCUAUUAUAGCAAUUAUAGCGUUUUCAUUCAUAGUAAUACCAGUUCUAGUGUCCGGAGAAGGUACCCAUCAACCUGCUAAUAGUACCAUAAUAUGGGAUUUAUUCACUGGAGAGGGGUAUCUAACAAACACUGUAAUGUAUUAUGGUUUUUACACUUUCAAUUCUAUAUCUACCCUAGGCACACUUACUUACAGUAUUACUAACGCAUAUUUUUUCUCAAUGGCAGCCAUAUAUUUUGUUUCUUUUUUUGUUCUCGGUGUCAGUGCUGCAAAGUCUUAUAGAAGAAGUUUUAUCGAGACUGAGGGUGGGUUAAAGAACGUUUUCGCUAAUAAGGUUUUUUGCGGUUGGGAUUAUAACAUAGCGACAAGAAAUGCGGCCGAAUUGAAGUCCAAAGCUAUUUACCAUGAACUUAAGGAAUUGAUCAAUGAUGUUGCUUGGAGAUACAGAAAAUUGACAUUUUACGAGAAAUCAAUUACUAGAAUUAUACAAUUCUUCAUGAAUGUCAUAGUUCUGGGUAUAAUGUUGGGUACAGGCUAUGCAAUUUGGUUGUUUUUGGAUGCAGUACCUUUAGAAAGAGGUACCAGAAUCAUUGUGGCUCCCGUUUUCAUUAAUCUUGUUAUGACAGUGAUGCCAAUGCUGUUCAGUUUUAUGAUCAAAUAUGAGGAUUAUAAAAACCCAAAGUGGGCGUUGCUUGUGACUCUUCUAAGGACUUUUGUUUUGGGAGGGAUCACUGUAGGUGUCCUAUGUGUCUUUUGGUUGAGUAAUGAUAAGGAUAGGUCAGAAUGUUGGGAAACAUCUUUAGGUCAAGAACUAUACAGGAUGAUUUUGUUUGAUUUUAUUAUUUCCGUCAUUUUUGCUGCAUUGUUUGAUUGUAUUCUUUAUGGUAUUUACAGGUUAACCGAUACAUUUAACUUGGAAUUCGACAUAGCAUGGAACACCAUGCAAAUAAUCUACAACCAGACCUUAUUCUGGGUGGGUCUAGUCUUUGUUCCAUUGCUACCAGUGGUCAUAGUGAUCAAACUGUUUUUAAUAUGGUAUAUCCGACAGUUUGGGGUUUUGUGUUUGUGCAAACCUUCUUCAAAAACAUGGAGGGCUGCCCAAACAACAACCUGGUUCUUAGUCAUGACGUUCUUGAGCUUCUUAUUGGUCGGAGGAUUUCUAGGUUAUGUCAUAUCGUAUGUUCCCUUAUCUAGUUCGUGUGGACCCUUUAGGAACUAUGUUUACUUUAUCGAUGUAAUAACUCAUGGUAUUUUAAAUCUCAAAUCAAACAGCACCUUGUGGAGUAUUUUACUCUACAUUACAAAACCUGGAGUUAUAGCUCUUAUUAUUAUCGCUUUAGGUGCUUUGGUGUAUAUUUUACGGGCAAAGGCCAACGCCCAAAAGGAUACCGUGGCUCAAUACAGGGAGAUACUCAAGUGGAGUGCCAAAGAUAAAGAGUUUUACUAUUUUUUGAUUUCAAAAAUAACCGAUGGAGAAUAUCUUCAUAAAUUCAACGAUAAAAGCAUUAAUCCUGAGCUGCAUCCACCGAAUUUAAAAAAUCCAGAAAGCGGUGAUAUUAUACGAGCUGCAUCUAGUUCUAGCUUUAUAUAUCAGCCAUCUUCUUCAAUUUCUGUGAUAGAACCCACUACUCCCUCAUUAUCUUACGAUUAUGUAUCCAGUGGGACAGAGUAUGCGUUAAAGAAACAUUUAUGACAGAAAAAAGUAUUUAAAUUAUUUUUUAACCAAUUUUAUAUAUCUGUUAUAAUAAUAUAAGUUUUAUUUAUGAAAUGUAUGUAUAUGUAUGAUUAUUAUUAUUAUAUUAAGUGUAUAUAUGAAUAAAUAAUUUUUAAACUUAUACAAAA